AGCUAGCGCUAACUAGUUUAAACUAUCCUUAGCGCUAUUUACGCAAUGCCAAGUAUCAUAAGCCACAAGCAGCAAUGUACAUAGUAGUGGGCGGUGAGUGGACUAUAACGCCGGGAUUGCUGAGCACGGGUCUAGCGCAUGAUAUGGCCGUAGAAAAUGCUGGCAUGUUGUACUACACCGAACAUCGCUACUACGGCGAGAGCUGGCCGCAUGGUGCGCAGAGCUUGCAAUUGCAGCAGCUGCAGCAUUUAAGUCUGCGACAAGCUUUGGCGGACUUGGCGCACUUUAUACGCUACCAAAAGGCGCAGCACAGCGAGCUGCAGCACUCCAAGGUUAUAUUAAUUGGUGGCUCAUACGCUGGCAGCAUGGCCAGCUGGAUGACGCAGCUUUAUCCAGAACUUAUUAGCGCCAGCUGGGCCAGCAGUGCGCCACUGCUAGCCAAGGCAGACUUUUAUGAAUACAUGCAAUUGGCUAACGAGUCCAUACAGCUGCUGUAUGGCGCCAACUGCACGCAGCGCAUAGAGCUGGGCUUGCAGCAUUUGGUGGCACUGUUCGAAGCUAAUGAAACGAAAACGUUGCUGCAGCAGCUGAACGCCUGUUCCAACUUUAGGCCAAGCAGUGAGCUAGAUCGUUUGACUUUCUUUGCUGGCAUUAACAAUUACUUUGCGCUGCUGGUGCAAAGCUACAGUCAUUAUAUACCAAGUCUCUGUGAAACGUUGCUAACGCUGCCUGUGGAGCCGCAGCAAUCGUUGCUCGCCUUGCUUGAGCUGCUCUAUGCUGCUGAUUAUCACUGUCAGGACUUUAGCUACGAUUCUAUGCUGCAGCUGUUUAGCGCUGCGUCGGAGCCGACUACGGGCACACGCGCUUGGUUCUACCAAACGUGCAACGAAUUUGGCUGGUACACCAUUACGCAGUCUGCUGCCAACGGCAACGUUAGCUUUGGCAAUCAGCUACCUUUGUGGUACUUUGAGCGUCUCUGUCGCGAUGCAUUUGGCGCUGGCCAAACACCGACGCUGUUGGCCGCCAGCAUAGCGCAGCUGAAUGCACAAUUUUGCGGGCAUGGCUUCGACCAGAGUGUGCGCUAUCGUCAGCUGCUGUUCACGCAUGGCCAGCUGGAUCCAUGGCGUACGCUGGGAAAGCAGCUGGGCCGCCAGGCAUUGGUUAUACCCGGCUAUUCACACUGCGAGGACCUGGCCAGCAUCAAUGUGCGAGACAGUGUGGCUAUGAAUCUGGCCAAGCUGCGUGUCAUGUCCUUUUUGCGUGGACGCAUACAGCCAGAUAAAUGA